ACAAAUUCGACGAGAACGAGAUUUUCCGCGAGAGUUUAUCGACUUCCUUAGCAACAGCUGGGUUUAAAGGAAAAAAUGGUUUGGAUAUAAAUAAACUGCUGAUCAUUAAAUUAAUAUGGAUUCGGUUGGAUCUUUAGAGUUAUCGUGGGCCCAGGGAUACAAUGGUGGCAAAAUUGGAUACAUUGACAAGGAUGUGAUCUGCUACCAAGCAGGGAGUAAUGUGAAGUUUGUAUCAGAAGACGGAACAGAAACAGUCUACAACUUCAAAGGAAAUGGAGUUGGACCCUUUGCAGUGCACCCAACAAAUAAAUGCUUUGCUAUUGCCGAGCAAUCACUUAACCCCAAAAUCACUGUUUUUAUGUAUCCAACCUUUAGGGAGGUAGCUGUUUUAAAAGAUGGAUCUAAGCUGGAGUACAGAUCAAUGAUUUUCUCACACAGUGAAUAUCUGGGAACAAUCUCUGGAGUUCCUGAAUUUCAGCUUAUUCUGUGGCGAUAUACAGAUGGAACUAAAUUAGCAACUGUUGACCUUGUAUCAGAUCCCGUGACCUGUUUGACUUUUAAUCCUGGAAAUUGGAGACAGAUCUGUGUUACGACUGAAAAUUCAAUGACGAUUUGGAACACAGAACAAAGUGAUAAUAAAUACGUCUUACUUCCUCAGAAAGUGAAAUUGCCAGCAGAGAAUCCAUCUCUGAACUUUGACGAUGAGAAGGACAGAGACAUUCCUACUCGAGCAUCAACCAGGAUGUCUAGGUAUACUGUGGAUCUUCCAAAAGCAGCCAUCGCUGGGCUGGUGGGGGAGAAGGCAGAGGUGUUAGAGGAGAUCCAAGACACCACUCCCCGUGUGGUUCCACUGUCUCAUGCCUGGUCACCUAGUGGAGAUGUCUUUGUUGGAUGCAAAGGAGGACAAAUUCUCAGGGUGGAUGGAGAAAUUUACAAGGCGAAGAUCUUAUAUUGCCCUCUUCCACCUGCAAGUGCCCCAAAUUCCCGAGCUACAAGUGCUACAAGUCGCUACAACUCACAGAUGGAUCUACCUACAGCCAAAAAGAGGACAAGAUAUGCUGAUGAAGUAAAGGAGAUGAUUUUUGAGGGUGGAGCAGACUGUGUAUCCCUCCACAGAAAGGGUCUCUAUGUGGCUGGACAGGAUGGCAUGUUAAGACUGGUAGACCUAAAGUCUGAGGAAUUUAAAAUCCUGGAAAAGAUUCCCAUUGGAAAUUCAGUUACUGCGUUGUCCUUUUCAUCAAAUUACAAGCGCAUAGCUGUAGCAACAAGCAAGGGAACAUUCCAUGUCUAUGAGGUUGGAGCAGCUCCAGAUUCUGUCAAAAAUCUGAAGGAUUUUCACAUGGGCAACUUUGUGGGCAUUUCCUGCUUGGCUGGCAAUGAGUACUGUGUGUCAGUAAGAGAAGAUGGUGAACUCCAGGUGUGGACAAUAGACAAAGGUCUUCUAAUCUCCUCGGUGUCUGUAGGAAUACAGGCACUUUGUUUGGCAUGCUGUCCUAUGGUUCAUGUGGCUGCUGUGGGAACAGUCAGCGGCCAUGUGUUUUAUGUGGAUCUGACCUUUCCUAAGAAACCGAGGGUUGUCACGGCAAAAAGGCUUUACCAGGGACCACUUACACAUCUCACAUAUGACUCUGAAGGAAAGUAUCUGGUCUCCGGGUCAGAUGAUGGUCAUGUGUUUGUGAUUGAUGGGCGAGCAUCGGUAAACUUCAAACCUAUUGGAUACACCACAAUACCUGGGGAUAUCCAGUCUAUAUCCACCCACAGCACUAACACAGUCACCAAGAUCGUGGUGACCUCCAACACAUCCAAAAACAAGAGAAACGGAGCUGACACUGUGCUGUCCUUUAGGGUCACAGAUGAAUUGGUCAAAGAUUUGAGAAACAAUGUCAACAGUUUGAAGUACGACUUCAAGGAUGCUUCCAUUAAACGAAUAAUCCUGAAACUGCCUAUCCCAGGAUAUGGUGCCGCAUUGGCUGAAGAGAAUUCAUUCUUCACUCUGGGCCAAACUUCUAAAAAGCUCUAUCAGUUCUCCCUGCCAGAGGAACCUCCUAAGAAGUCAGAUGACGUAAUCCUGGAGGUAGAUGAGGAUGAGCUAGUUGAUAGUGAGACAUUGUAUCAACAGAGGGGGAAGCCAAAUGAAUUGUUUCCUGAGGCUGAGUUUGAUUCACACCAGCUUCCUGGAGGCAAAUUGCAGUUGUCUCCCCAUGGCAAGUGGCUGGCCAGUUGUGGUACAGAUGGUGCUGUACAACUCCGAGCUUUAGGAACAUUGGACAGGUUUGUGACUGUGAAGCCUCACGAUUACCACUUGGGUGGUGUCAGAAUUGUGGCAUUUGCUGAUGAUGCUCAGAACAUAUUUACCACAGGAUAUGAUGGUGUUCUGUGUUGUUACUCAUGGAAGUUCUCCUCCACUGGAGUCGGGAAGGCCAAGUCAGCCAUGGAAGCUGCUCGAGCAAGGAAGACAAGACUGAUGCAGAUCCAGAAAGAUGAAGAUGAAGUUGUGAGGAAUUUCCCAGAGUACUCUCCUCCUUCCAAUUCCAGACCUGUAUCAGGGGAAAUAACUCAGGCAGAAAAGGAAAGAAGGGCUUUGGAGAAGGCUCAAGAGAGUGAUGAAAUCUAUCGUACUCCGACUCCCGUCGCUCCAAAGGAUGCCACCUGGCAACAAGUGCAGGAGUUUGAGUCAAUAAAAGAAGAGGACAAUGAGUAUGCUAGUGUCAAACAGGACUUGAGGGUACAGAUUCGAGACAUGAGGAGGACGAUUCAAGGGAUGUUGAAGCAAAAUGAGGUUUUGCCAGAUAUUGAAAAACUAGGUCGCCAUGAGUUUGACCUUGACAUUGAGGAACAGAACCGUCUCCAAGCUGAGGCUGAUGCUGAAGUCAAUAGGGUUAAAGAAGAAAUAGAGUUUGAGAACUUGGCAAAGAUUUAUUUAAGGGAAAUGAUCAAGAGAGAAUGCUGGGAUGAAAUGGAUGUCAAAGGUCGAGCAAUUCAGUCAUUCUUUACAUCACUGGAGGUCAGCAACUUCCCAAUGCGGAAGAGAUCUGCUGCCACAGAAAAGCAACUCCAGAUUGUGUCCACUCGCCGCAAGAUCCAGCUAGCUGAUGUUGCAGCACGUAAAGCUGAACUAGAAGCCAGUCAGAAACCGGGUGCGACACCAGCUCGAGAAAGUUAUAGACGAGAUGAUGAAGCAGCUGAUGUUGAUGAAGGAGACGAGAGUGGUAAAGAGAAACCCUCCACCACCGGAAGCCUGGGUGCUAUGUAUGGAGGGGGCAGUGACCUUUUCUUCAGUCAGUUUGACCUUCACACUCGGGACCAGAAAGUCAGUCAGAUUGUUCUCUUAGAGGAUGCAAUCUAUAGAAUUAAGAACACUUUCAAUAAGGAAUUUGAUGAAGUUUAUCAAAAGAAGUUGUCAGAGAUUUCCAAGAUUAAGGAUAAAAACAAGAGAAUUGUGAAGAUUUUGGCAGAUUUGGACUUGAUUGAGGAUGUAGUUCAGCCUGUCCUAUCCAUCUAUGAGGAUCCCGAGUCCUUACUCACUGUGGAAGAUCAUGAGGUCAAAGUGGAGAAGUAUUUGACAGCAGAACAAAGGAAAGAAUUAGAGAAGAAGGAGAAAGAAGAAGAGGAGAGAAAAAUGCGAGAAAAGGGAGAUAAUGCCCGGGAAAGAGGACUGGACAUGAUGAUGGGCGGAGUUCUGGAGAUCAAGAAGGAGGAUGAACUCAAAAAGGAUAUUCCAAAACCACUUUUCAUGUCCACCAAGGAGCCCAAUGACUGGACAGAGGAUGAACAAAAACUGGCCAAAGAAUAUGAAAAAAGGGUCAAAGAACUGCAGGAGGAGAGAGAAAAGUACAGAAAGCAACUUGAGACUGAGUUGAGGAAACUGCAGAGCAUGAUCCAUGAUAGCAUGCAGGGAUUUGAUGAUACUCUGACUCAGCUAUUUAUGAAGAAGAUUAAGAUCAUGAUGGUCAUCUAUCAGGAGGAGCUGAAGAUCCUGCGACUGCGGUACUCUCUGUUGGUGGAGGAGGAGUUAGAGACCAGAGAAAAGGAACUGAACCGACUCAUGGAACACAAGAAGACAAUGAAGGCUUUGACAGCCACCGCUUUGAUGGAGUCUAAGAAACACAUGGAUGCCUUCAAGGAACAGUAUGAUAUUCUGAAUGCCGAGGACAAGGUCAUGGAUAAAGCAUUCAAGCGUGAAUUUCAUGAUGUCACAGCAGUACAGCAGGACCAAUUGUACAGGCUGUUCAGAAAGAGGCCAAGAAUACCAAGACUUAAAGGUUUCGACACCCCAGCCCCAUCAACAGCAGACACUUCCAUCCCUAAUCCUUUUGCUGACCGCCCAUCCACAGCCAGACAACAUGCUCAGGCCAAAUCACAGCUAGAUGCAGCCAUCCAGGAUCUGGACAAAAUUUCCAACAUCCCAGAGGGUGUGGAGGAGGCCGUGUGGCAGAGGCUGUGUGCCUACCGAAGGGAGAAAAUUGAAAAUGACUUACUGAUAAAACAAAAAGCCUUGAUCCUAGCAGAGAUGGACAACUUUUACAAAAAGAGAGUAGAAGAGGACGAGAGACUGAAGAAUGAUAUGGAGGGCAUUUUUGAUACACUUAACAAAUUACAUGAUGACAGAAUACGAUUUAAUCUUAACCUUGAAGUCCAGCUGAUGUUGAAGCAAGGUCAGGUGGAAGUUGAUCCAACAAAUUUCAUUCAUGAUUACAAAGACAGCGCUCUAAUACACAGGGGCGUGGUGGAGGAACUUAACAGUAAUAUUAAGCAACUGGGUGAAAGCAAGAUAACGAGUAUGAUGGAGAGCAAGGAUUUCAGAAAAGGCAUUAUACAAUUAGAAUGGGAGCAAAAGAGAAUGUUGAUGCAGAUGGAGGACCUGAAGAAUAAGAUGAAAGAUAUUCAGUUCAUGAAAGUCACAAGGGAGAUCCAGCUGUAUUUAUCUAAUGAGGAUUAUGAUGGCAAAAAAUCAGAAGAAAUAGGAAAGUUAGAACAGACAAUUCUCACACAGCUAAAGCAUCAUGAAAAGAAUGUCAGAGAAAAGAAGAGAAUAAUAAAGGACUUAGGAAAGACCAUCAAGUCACGGGAUUCUGAAAACUUCUCGAUGGACAAUGAUCUGGCGGAGCUUAAUGUCACAGUGAACGAGAGGAGGCAUAUAGAUGAUGUUAAUGCUGAGAGAAGAUCAGACACUGGAACAGAAAAACGAUACCAAGAAAUUGUCCAGCGACGAAAAUUAGUGGACCUAGCCAAAGCCCAGGCACAGGAAGUGGCUGUGUUACGGGCAGAAGUGGAACGGUUGCGAAUGAGAACUUUCCCUGCUUUAGUUCAAGUGGAGCACUAGCAUACUGACUCAGUCUAAAGCUUUUGUGAUACCCAGACUAUUUUGUAUACAUCUUUGUUUACAAAUGAAAAUUAUUUGUGAUUGAUUUGGCAUACUUCAAAUAUUUGAAAAAUCUUUCAACAUUUAUGCAUACGUAUAGACAUUACCUAGAAAUAUUGUGUGUAUUUAAGAAGUUGAAUGACAAUUUUGUGUUAGAAUAUAUGAUUUCUUUUGUUUGCUACACUUAUGUUAUGACGACAUUAAUUGCAGUCUUAAAUGAUGUGAGAGUAAACCGAGUUAAGAUGAUACUUUGUGACAUCAUAUGUCCAAACUACCUGUAUAUUUCAAUGACUGAAUAUUAAAGUACCAAGUAAUUUUAAAACUUUA